ACUUCCCUCCAUUCCAAUAUCGCCAUUUGCAGUCCUUGAAAGUUCCUGAUUUUCCCCACGCUGCUCAUCAAUUAAUGGAUCCAAACACGUGCCACUUUAAAAGUCUCUUAUUUUCUAUUUACGAUUUCGUUAAUGUCGCAGCUGGUGGAUAAGGCCAAGGAAUUCGUGGCGGAGAAGGUGGCCAAUAUAAAGAAGCCGGAGGCCACCUUCUCCGACGUCGAUUUGAAGAACGUCAGCCGUGAGUGCGUUGAGUAUAACGCCAAAAUCUCUGUUAACAACCCCUACGGUCAUUCCCUGCCCAUCUGCGAGAUCUCCUACACUCUCAAAAGCGCCGGCAGGGUGAUUGCGUCGGGGACUAUGCCGGACCCGGGAUCGUUGAAGGCGAGUGACACGACGUUGCUGGAGGUGCCAGUGAAGGUGCCGCACAGCGUGCUGGUGAGCUUGGCAAGGGACAUUGGAGCAGACUGGGACAUCGACUACGUGUUGGAGGUUGGUCUGACGAUCGACCUUCCGAUCAUCGGAAAUCUGACCAUUCCUCUGUCGACCAAGGGCGAAAUCAAACUCCCUUCUUUGUCCGAUCUGUUUUAGUGACACUUCCUACCCUUUUGUUCGCUUGUAUGGUUUGAAGUUUGUUCUUUUUUUUUUCUUCUUUUGUUGUGUCGGCAAAGCAAAUAAACAGCCACGUUUAGU